ACGUAACUAACCCCGUGUCAAUACAAGCUCUGAUACAAAUUGCAGAUCGCGAUAGUGCAAACACAGUGAGUCGGCUAAGUAGAAGAAUGGAGAGCACAGGGGAAUUAGUACCGUUUCCACUGCUGAACGAGUCGAAUUAUAGGGCGUGCACAAUUCCGUACAGGUUCGCAUCCGACAAUCCGAAGAAGCCUACGCCGACUGAGCUCUCUUGGAUCAACCUCUUCCUUAAUUCAGUUACCUCUUUCAAGAAGCGUGCCGAGAGUGAUGAUACAGUUCCUGAUGCUCCUGCCAGAGCCGAAAAAUUUGCUCAAAGAUAUGAGGAAAUACUCGAGGAUUUAAAGAAAGAUCCUGAAAGCCAUGGUGGCCCACCAGAUUGCAUUCUACUUUGCCAGAUUCGUGAGCAAGUCCUGAGAGAACUGGGAUUCAGAGACAUAUUCAAAAAAGUUAAGGAUGAAGAAAAUGCCAAGGCAAUAACCUUAUUUAAAGAUGUAGUUGAUCUUAAUGAUGCUAUUGAGGAUCAGACCAAGCGUGUUCAGAAUCUGGUUAGAGGAAUCUUUGCUGGAAAUAUAUUUGAUCUUGGCUCUGCACAGGUACUUCAGCUGGACUAUAUUGGAACUAAGAACUACAGCUUGAAAACUCGCGCCUCUAUCAUUUGCUGCCAACUGGUUACUAAGCCUCGUAUAGCUAAAAUCCUGUCAGCUAUGAGCAUGACCUUAUUCAAAUUAGAUUUACAUUUAUUAUCCGCGUUGAAUGGAGCACCAGCGAGGUCAUUUUUCUUUCCAUAGUUGAUAAAUAAUGGGUUUUCUGGAUUUGACACUCAUAUGUAGGUUUAGGGUUUUGUUUGGUACUUGGUUUGUAACCACUUGGAACUGGAAUUCACUAAAAUAUAACAACAAAAGUCGGAAGGCUUGUACAAAGCAAAAUUUUAUGCUUAUUCACAAUUUUGAUGUCCCUUUGCAUAGUUUAUAGUUUAGACUCCUUGAGUUUUUUCUUUGAAUUUCAAAGUCACUUCCUGGAAAAUGGGACCAGAUUUUCCUAAUGUUCUUGACACCGGGCAGGAAAAAACCCGGGAACCAGUCCAGUUAUUGCUAAAAACCGCUAUAUUUAAAAACUAGGAAUAGACCAAUUAACGUCCAAUAGACUUAUCGAACAGUUUGACCAAGGAACCAUUCAACCGAUUGGCUUUUUCUCGAGAAAAAAAAAUUUCCUCUUAUCGUUCUCACUGAUUAGCUUGUUUAUGUCAACUUUUAUGAUAGGUUUAUUUAUUUAAUCAUUGGUUAGAACCUUUAACCCUUGACCCGGUCGGUUUU